CUCACACACGUGCUAUGUGAGGCAGGCGCACCAGUUGCCAGCGAGGCAGCGACGGGUUGAGCCCAGCGAGUGUGCCGCAGUGGGCCAGUGACCAGUGCGGCGCAAUGCGCGGCGGCGAUGGAGAGCACGUGGCGGCGAUGGAGAGCACGCGGCGGGCUUAGCGGGCGCACUCAGGGCUCCCCGUGCAGCGGUGACGUGGUGGUAGCGGCGCUGCUGCUGGGGAUGGCGCGCGCGGCGGAGAUGGUGCAAGGACAUGGCGCUAGAGCCAUCACCGCUGCACGCGGAGGGGACGGGCGCCACGAGGGGGCGGCCACGGACUCACACAGCGAGGCGAAAGAAGUGGCAGAGGCAGAGACAGGGGGAGAAGCACGAGCAGCAGCAGCAGCAUCAGCGUCAUGCGUGGCAGCACCCCCGGCGCUGGCAGUGAGAGUGCUGCAGCGUCUGUACCCCGGCAUAGCGCCCCUUGGCCAUGUGCUCAUGCACCGCCUGCUCGCACGGGCAGCCCACGCACAGCCAGCCACACACACGCUCAAACGAGUGCACGCAGGGGGAGGGGGCGAGGUAGUGACACGUGUAGUGCUGCUGCACUUCAGGCGCUCUGCUGCCCUUGGUGAGGGCGCGCAUGGCCGUGGAUGGGCCGGCAGGGGGCGCUCAGUGGGCCGAGGCAGCGCGGCCAGCCUGCAUGGGCGCGGUGCACAGGAGCAGCGGCGCCAUGAGCGGCAGGAGCAUCAUGAUGCCAGGCACACAACGCCACAAGCGCCCACUGGAAACGUACUGGCAGCGGGAUUCCGACGGGCGCUGCCCUUUGCCUCGCCUCACAGCGAGCUGCAGUGGGCCACGGCGCCGCCAUGCCUGCCCGGCCUGCAGCGCAACCACAUUGUCAUGCACCCCGCCGCCUUCUCCUUCAAUCCACCCAGCCCCACCCCGCUCGCCCCUGUGCCACCUGCACCUGCUCUGUUGGCGUCUCUGCCUGUGCCGCCGCCCCCAUCUUCCGCACUUCCUCUCAGCACGGCAUGGGCCGUGGUGACGUCCCCCCCCUGGCAGCGCCUGCUCCUCAAGGUGGGGGUGCCAGCAAUGGUCCACCUGCUGUCCCAUGCGUCUGUCUUUGUGCCACUUGGAGCCUCCUCGUUUGUCCAAGUGGCAGGUCCUCCUGUCUCCAGCCGUGCACUGCUGUCCCGCUGCCCUUCCGUUGUUCGCACGGAGCCCCCUUCAUCAUGCCGCCGCCUGUGCUGCUCUUUUGCCCGUGCCACUGCACAUGGACAGCUGUCACCAUGCACUGGCACGCCAGGGGGCGCUGUGGAGGCCCGUGUAGGCGUGGCUCCGGUGGGGGAGCAAGGAGAGGGGGAAGGAAUCGAGGAGGCGGAUGGUACAGGGUGCAUGGACUCACAGAGAGGAGUUGCUCGUGGCAGGAGAAAAGGGCUGAGGGGCGAGGGGGAGAAGGAAGGAUGGAGUGAGCAGCAGAUUGGGAAGGGGAGGAGGUGGAGAAAGCGAAGGAGAGAGGGGGAGUGCGAUAGUGGCGUGAUGCAGGAGGAGAAUCAGAAGGCAGGUGAACAGCAUGGCGAGGGCGAUGCGGUAGGCGAGGGGGAUGGGGCCAAGCUACGAGGCAAUGGUGGCUCGAAGGACGCUCACGGGCACGAGGGGGGUGCGGAUGUGCAUAUGACGGGUUGCGCACUGCCGUCUCACCGUCAGCAACCCCAUCUUGCGAGGCACCACGCAUCUCCCUCUGAAUCACCACCGUUGCUCGCCGCGCCCCAGACCAAGUCCUUUCUGGCGGCAUUGCAUGCACAGCUGGUGCCGCGGUCGUCACUCUUCUACUGCGCCAGCUUUGCUCUGCACCCAGGCCUGCCAAAGAAGCACAUUCUCAACUCUCUCCCUACCACCAGGGCGGGCGCCUGCCAGCUGUACGAGCAUGUGUUCCGGCAGGCGCUGCAGCAGGCAGCGGCGCACGGCCACACUGAGCUGCUCCACGCACCUCCUUCUCCCGCUCUCCUCACCCUCCUGCACCACAUGCUGUGCCGCGCCCGCGCAUGUAAUUUCACUCAACUGCUCUCCAAGCACUGCCCGCUCCCCACUGCUGCUGCGCCUGCUGCGGCUUUUGGUGUGGAAGCAGAUGACUGCCCUGCUGCACAUGCUGCUGCUGCUGAGGCAGCUUCCGGUGCUGCCGGCAGUUCAGCCAGUGCUAUGGUAGAACCACAAACGGGUUGUGGUGCUGUGCCGGUCGCAGCUGCUGCUGCUGAAGCGGUAACUGCAUCUGGCGUUGCCCUUAGAGCACCAUCCAAUGGUGCUGCUGUGAGCACGAGUGAUGGCAAUGCAGGUGCGCAUGCUGUGCUGGCAGCAGCAAUGGACUUUGAUUGCAGGUUAACCACCAUGCCUGCUGCUUCUGCAGAUGCCACAGCUGAUGCUACCACUGGAGUGCCCCCUAAAGCUGAUGCUGUAGCGGGUAUGGCGGGUGCUGCACUGGUGGGCGAAGCUGCUGCCACGGCAGGUGUGGUUGCUCAGGCCUAUCAUGCUACUCUGUCCUCACCCUCUCCAGAGAAUGCACCCGUUGGACCUUUGGGUUCAGGCGGCAUGAGAAGAGAAGGUGGCGUGCGAGGCGUCAAAUGUGAGGGCAGGCUGCGACACCUGCCACUGGAGUUACUGGUGCCCGCCACGAGCAGUCACCGCCAGGUGUCAAACUUUGUCUGGGCUGUGUUGAGGAGCAUUGUGCCACGUCAGCUGCUGCUGGGCGGGAGAGAGGAGAGAACGGUAGCGUUGAAGGGCACGAAAGGACAAGCGGCAGCGGCAGGGGGUGGAGGAGAACUGGGAGGCGGAGGAGGAGAGCAGUCUGUUGCGGCGCCAGGUACAGCAAGGGGGACCGGACGGCGAGGGGCGGUUGGCCAGCCUACUCUCAAGGCUGUAGGCGAGAAGCAGAAGGGAAGGAGGGGGUCAGGGAUGCGGCAGAUGAGGCAGCUGAUGGGCCGCUUUGUUGGGCUGCGGCGAUUUGACCAGUUUCCUCUGCGCGCUGCCAUGCACCGCCUGCCCACUCGCUGCCUUCCCUGGGCCCGCAGCACUGCAGCGGUGAGGGCCAAUGGCCUGGGAACAGGGGAUGAUGGGAGAGAGGCCGACAGGGGAGGAACGAAAACCAGAGAGAGUGGGAUGAGCGAGGGAGAGAGAGGAGAUGGCGUUGAUGGGCAUCACGAGGGACUUGGGGUGCGUCGCGGGGACGGGCGCACUGCGUUGAGCGAGGGGGAGAGGGAGGAAGGCGAAGGCGAAGAGGAGCAGCAGGAUGAGCGGCCCGAGAAGGCAGGGCAGCAGGGACGACGGAAGCAGGUGCAAGCAGUGGGUGAGGAGGAGCAAGAGCAUGGUGGUGGUGCUGCAAUGGGUGCGCGGCAUGCAGCGCGGGCAAGUGAGGUGCUGAGCUGCGUGUGGGUGCAGUGGGUGCUGGCGGCGCUGGUGGUGCCAGUACUGCGCUGCCACUUCUACGUCACGGAGGGUGAGGCGCAGCGCCACGCCGUGUGCUUCUACAGAAAGCCCGUGUGGGCGCGCAUUAGGCGCCUGCUCCUCCCCUCGCGCCCCCCGGUUGAGGGGCGGGCGCUGGGCAUAGCGCGCGUGCGGUUCGUGCCCAAGGCGCGCACGGUGCGCCCCAUCGUCAACCUCGGCGCCAGUAGCCACGUGGCGCUGCGCAUUAGAGCCAGGGGGCGCGGGCGAGCGAGAGCAGGGGGUCGGGAUGGCAAGGGUGCAAGUGCAUGGGUGGGCGCAGUGGGUGGGGAGGAGGAGGGCGGAGUGCAGCGCAGGGCAGAGCUGGAUGCGCAGUUCCGGUCGGCCUUUGGGGUGUUCGGUGAUUCCGGCGAAGGGCUGGAGAGACAAUGCAGUGCGGGUAGCGCGGGGCAGGGGAGUGGGGGCGGUGAGGAUAGGGAGGGGGACGGGGAGGAUGAGAGGGUGGAUGGUGGCUGGGCGGAGGUGCCAUGUGGCGAGGAGGGACCCCGCGCUACUCCCAAAGAAGAUCACGUGGAGGAGGCAGGCACAGGUGGAAAGGGCCUGUAUCGCUGCCAUGAUGGGCACGAAGGGGGUCAGGAAGUGCAGCAGGGGAAAGGCGAGCAGUGCUGUAAGACGAGCCCUGUCGGGAUUGAGAGAGUAAGGGAAUCAAGGAGUGAAAACGAAGGUGAGACAAAGGAGGAAGACGUGGGUAUCGUGGGGGAAAGAUUGGUGAGAGGGGACGAGGAGGAUGGUAAAGUAAAACGAGGAAUGGGGAUGGGGGAGGCAGAGAUUCAUUUAACGGGAAACACUAAGACUCGUAACUCAAGAGCCCCACCACCAUCGCCGGCACCACCACUACCUUCACCAUCACAAUCAAUCCCCGACCAGCAAGCACCCGUUGACCAUGCACGGCACGCAGCAGCGGCUGGCAACAUGAUGGCCCUAGUGGGGAGCAGUGGCGCGGCAGUUGGAGGGGAGGCUGUGAAUGCCAUCCACGGUGGUGCCAGGGGCAGCAGGGCUGCGAAGGCAUGCAAACGCCAGGCUGCUUGCAGCUGUGAGGUGGCUGCUGCUGCUGCUGGCUGCCACGACUUAGAGGGCAGCGAGAACGAGCUUGCUGUUCCCACCGCUUCCAGUGGCUCCUGUGCUGCUCCCACUGCUGCUGCUGCUCUUGGCGAUGGGGGUGCAAUGCGGACAGCGGAGGUGAAGAGGGAAGGCAUUGCUGACUGGCGGGCCGACACACAUGCAGAGGAAGCAAGCAAAGAGACGAGGACGCGAAGAAAGCCUGCCACCCUGCAAACAGGCGCUCUGUGCACCAAGCUGCAGCAUCACGGCCAUGCGAACAGCAAAAAUCGCAGUGAGGGCGAAGGAGUGAUGAAGGUCGAAGAGCAAGGCCACAUCCCCUGCAUCGCCCCAACACGAGGGGGCAGCCCAGAGGUGGGUCUUCCAGACCCCUGCCUGCAGUGCUUCGCGGUGCGCCCCAGUGGACGGCGCACGGCGGCACGCUUCUGGGAGCUAAGGCGCACAGGCAGGGUGGCGCGCCCCGUGGGGCGGCAGGGAGGCUCGUGUGGGGAAGCUCGCAGCGACGAGGGUGGUGGGGCGAGGAGCUUUGGGCUCAGGCGGUGUGAGAAGAGGAAAGGGGUGAUUUGUGAGCGUGGGCCGAGGGGUGAGGAGGUGGGGAGAAAGGGGGUGGGAGACAGAGGGGGAGAGAGAAAGAGAGGGAGAGGGGGUCAAAGUCCCGAGGAUCGGUGUGAAAUUAAGGGUGGUUGUUUGUGUGGCGUUGUGGAUGGUGCAAGGGAGGGGGAAGGAGGGAGAGGAGAUGGUGGGCAAGGAGAAGCAGAUCACAUGAUUGUUGCUGCUCCUGCUCCUGCUCCUGCUCCUGCUGCUGCUCCUGCUCCUGCUGCUGCUCCUGCUCCUGCUGCUGCUGCGGUUUCCGCUACUAGCUGUGCUACACCGAUUGCUGCUCCAAACACUGCUGGUAUUUGUGAAUAUAUUGGUGCUGCAGGCACUGCUGACCAUGCAACCAGGAAAGCCGCUCUCACAGCCCCUUGGCAGCCACACCAGCACAGGCAGCACAGCCUUUGCAUGCCGUUUGCAGGCCUUGUGUGGGAGGUACCUGUGAGGGUGCGUGGGAUCCCGGGGAUCUUCCUUGACGCUCUGCGCAUGCGCAACCACCUCCUGCGGGCAGCGUGUCACGCGCUUGCCCCGCGCCAAGCCAGCGUGGCCAUGCUGUCUGGGGCAGAGGCGUGCACACGUGCAGGGGCAGUGGGGAUGGGUCCACCACAGGUCUGCGCUUCUGCAGGAGCACACGCUGAGGCAGCAGCGGAAUCAGGGGGUUUCUUUGAAUCCGUAUUGCGAGCUGUUCGGCAAGAGAACAGACUUUUCGGCUCUGCUUUUGCGGAGCUCAAAGCCCGUGGUGGGUGGGUGCGGAGGGGGCGUCAACAGCAGGGAGGCGCCCCACUAGCCGCUGAUGAAGCGCGUCCAGAGGGGCACGUGGGGCGUGCGAGUGUGGGGGAAGACUUGGAGCCACGUGGACAAGCACGCGGCUCCGCGGGCCACGCCCCAUUGCUGCCUCAGCAGCUGCCAGCUGUGUCAGGAGCUGCCCGCACACGGCCUUAUUGCUUCAAACGAAGAAAACCCUGGGCGCUUCCUGCUGUACUCGCUGUUGCCAUGCCUAGAGGUCCGUUUGCACCUGCUGCUGCUGGUGAAACGCCAGAAACUGCUGCCGCCAUGUGCCUCCCUCCUGUCCUUCCUCCGCUGGAUCCACCGCCUCACUGCCCUCCUCCUUCCCCUCCUCACAUCUCCUCUCCUGCAUCCUCUCCACCUCCUAACACCCGCACUCCCAUUGUUUUUUCCCACCAAGCCACGCCCACCCAGCCUUGGCAGGUUCGGAAGCCAGGGAAGCCAGGGAAGCCAGGGAGGUGCAGGCAGGUGCAGCAGAAGAGGAGGCGGCAGGUGGUGCGGUUUGGGCCCAUCAACGGGGCUCUGAGGAGCAUUCACCGCUGCCUGCAGGCAGAGUGCGCGAGAGGGUGGGGUGGCGCAGGGGGGAAUGGCACGCCUGCACGUGAUGCAUGCCACAAUGGUGGCGUGGCGCCUGAUGGCGCUGAUGGCAGGGCGUGCGAGGCGGGCAGUGGCGGUGGUCGUGGUGGUAACACACGUGAUGGGUGUGGUACGGACGGCACGGCAUGCCACGGCUGUGAUGAUGGGCGGGACGAGGGGCGCAGACAGAGGAGCAAGGACAGUGGGUGCAGGGGUGGGGGGGAUGGUGCUGUGGGGAGUGUGGGGUUGGGUAAGAGCAUUCAGGCCAUGGAGAGUAAGGGAGAGGAGGGUAAGGGAAGGAGCAGAAAUCAAGAGGAUGACAAAGUAGAGGUGAAAGGAGGGGGGAGUGCGGAUGGCAAUCCGGGAUGUGGGGUGCGAAGACGAGUUGGGAAGAGGGAGGAGGGCCGGCUGGGAGCGUCUGUGUUUGGGUACAGUGAUGCGUACGGCAAGUACCGCGACUAUGUGCUCGGCUUGAGAGGGCGCUCGCCUGCCGUGCCGUGCCACACGGAGGACAACACUGCUUGCCGUAUUGGGGGGCAGCCACAGGGAGAGGGGCGAGAGCAGCCGUGGGAGGAGAAGCAACUGCAGCUGCUCAGUCAGCAGCAGUGUGAAUGGGCUUAUGAGAGAGUGACACGUGUGCCCCCUGUAUACAUGGCAGUGUGUGAUGUGGCACAAGCAUAUGACUCGAUUCCGCAGGGCAAGCUUUUGGACGUCAUGCAGGAGUUUUUUGAGUCGCCGGCGUUCAUCGUGCGCCGCUUCGCCGCCAUCUCUCCACGGGCCAGUGGCUUCAUUGCCCCCAAGUCCAACAGAGCUGCCAUGCCCAUGCCCAUGCCCAUGCCACCUGCAUGUCCGUCUGCUGCUGCCAUGGGCGGCAUGCCUGGUUCUCUUGCAGCAGAGUCAUCCGAAGCUGAGGGAGCAACAGGUGCUGCGAGCGCAAUGGGGGCAGGUGCAGCGGCGAGCAAGGCAGCAUCGCAUGGAAAUGCGAUACUUGGUGAAGACACCAAUGUGGCAGUGGCAGAGCGCGCCCGAGGGAACGUGGCAGUUGAGCAGUGGCAGCAGCUACUGCAGGCAUGUGUGCCAUGGUGCAUGGUGCAGGCCGGCCAGUCAGGGGCGUGCAUUGUGGAGGACAAGGCUCUCACUUCCCUGUGCCAUCGCAAAGACAUUCUGCAACUGCUUUGGCGCCACAUCAGCUGCCACGUCAUCAGGGCCGGACGGCAGUUUUUUGUGCAGAAGACGGGGAUCCCCCAGGGCUCUGUGGUGUCUGCUCUUCUGUGCUCGCUGUUCUACGCGCACCUGGACCGCCAUGUGCUCUUCCCCUCGCUCGCUCUCGGCUGCCUGGCGCCACGGGACGAUGGUGGACGGAGGGGCGACAGGCACAAUGGAGGAGAGGAGGAACUUGGGGGGGAUGGGGAAGAGGCGUGGGUGACAGAGGCGAGGGAGGGAGCAAACGAGAAGGAAGGUAUGGGUUGGGGGAGAGAUGCUGAGCACAUGCAUCACGAAGGAGAGUGCACCCCCGUACAGCAGUGUGGCGAGCAUGGUGGGAAGAACAGCCCCUGCGUGCCCGAUGAGUCCCCUUCCCCAUCUGGCCCUGCACACUCGCUCCUGCUGCGCCUCAUCGACGACUCGCUCUUCAUCUCCACAUCCCAGGCCCGCGUCGCUGCGUACGUGGCAGCCAUGCACGGGGGAUUCAAAGAGUACGGGUGCCAUGCCAACCAAAGCAAGACAACUGUCAGCUUCCCACUGGUGCUGGGGAAAAGAAAGCGAGAGGCCGGUGGUUGGUGGGUUGGUGGGACGACAGCGGACACUGGCAGCACGAGAGAGGGAGGUGCUUGGAGCGCUCAGAGGAAGUGGCAAGUAGGGUCAAAUAGGGAUAGAAAGCAUCAGAGUCAAGCGCAGAGGGAUGGAACAGAGACCGAGGGAGUAAGGGCGAUGAGGGUCCAAGAGGCGGGAGAGAAGGGAAGAGAGGGAGAGGAAGGAGGGGAGGAGAAAUGGCAGAGCAGCAAGCUGACAUAUCAGGAGAGGGUGUAUGAGGAGGAGGUUGGGCGUGGGGGGGACAUGAGGGACAAUGAUCCUUGUGCUACGGUGCCAGGUGGCAGUGGCACCAUGGGUGGCUGCAUGCUUGGUGAGGCAAUGGGGCAAGCACGUGAGGGUGGUGGCAGCAGCAGGGGCGUGGCGGCAUCACCAGGGGGUGGUGCGGUGCAGCAGAAGCGGCGGUUCGUGCGGUGGGCCGGGCUGCUGGUGAACUGCAGCACACUGGAGGUGCAGGCGGACUACACCAGGUACUGGCACGUGGACAUGGCGACAUCAGUAACGGUCAACUUCUCCGUGCCCCCCAGCUUGGCCCUGCCGACGAAGCUGCGGCAGUUCCUGCGCCCCAAGUGCUGCGCGCUGCUGCUGGACCCCGCCCUCAACUCGCCCGCCACGCUGCUGGUCAACGCCUACCAGGCGCUGCGCCUCGCCGCCAUCAAGCUCACCGCCUACUGCCGCGCCACACGCCUCACACCCGCCGCCGCCUGCACUGCACGCAGGCACUGCCGCCCAUGCACGGCUGGUGGCGCUGGAAGGAGGCACAGUGUGGGGCAGAGCAGGGCAGGGGAGGAGAAGCUGUGGCGGCAAAGGAAGGCCAAGGGAGAGCGAGGGGGGACGAGAAGAGGUUCCUCCAUUGCUGCAAGGGCUCAGUGCGCGUGCCAUGCUCAGGCCCGGUUCUUCACCCAUGCUAUUCUCUCCGCUAUAAGGUACUAUGCAAGGCUCAUUCGAUCGCGCCUGGCAGCGGCAUCCACUGCCACAGGAGCACCCAUUGCAUGUGUAUUCAGCAACAGCAUCGUCACAUUCUUGGGCCUGUCUGCUUUUGCAACGGUGCUGAGCGCCAAGCGCGGUGUGUGGAAGCCUGUGGUGGUGCGGCUGGAGGAGCGCUUGCGCAGCACAGCCAUGCUGGCACUUGCGUCUCACACUGUCGUCAGGGAAGCCCUGCACCCCAGCAGGCACACUAUAUUCAACCACAAACCCUUUUAACUCAGUGGUUAGUGGCUGAGUUCUGUCGUGCUAGCAGAGCGUUGGUGACUUGGGUUCAACUCCCAGUGCUAGCGCUGCAGAAGCGCUCAUGUCCUCCGUCUAUCCCAGCAAGGGGGGGUGUCUAGAAACCCGCUGGGAUUACCCUUGAGAAGAUUCUUGGGGAAGGGCCACAGGUGUAGAGCCUGGGGGGCUAUGGGCGCACUGACCCGCUAUUAACAAGCCCUUUUAACUCAGUGGUUAGUGGCUGAGUUCUGACACAUGUACCAUGCUGG